AUGGAGUUUGAGGUGAGAGUCGUCGGCGGGAUCGAGAGCUGCUUCGUCUCUCUUCCUCUACCACUUAUCCAGACUCUCCAGUCCGGUUAUCUUCCUCCAAUUCUCGCAGUCGAGCUCAGGUGCGACGCGCGCCUCUGGCAGGUGGCUUGGUGCGGCGCAGCCUCCUCCUCCCCUUAUUCAAUUGAGAUUGCUCGUCAGUAUGCGGAUUGCAUUGGAUUGGGUGACCGGACUGUGGUUAAAGUGAGAGUGGUCAGUAAUUUGCCCAAGGCAACACUGGUGACAAUCGAGCCGCUAACAGAGGAUGAUUGGGAGAUUUUGGAGCUCAAUUCUGAGCUUGCUGAGAACGCUAUUUUGAAGCAGGUGGGAAUUGUCCAUGAAGAAAUGAGAUUCCCAUUGUGGUUGCAUGGACAAACAGUUGUCAUGUUUCAUGUCAUGUCAACCUUUCCCCAGAAAACAGUAGUCCAACUUGUGCCCGGAACAGAGGUUGCAGUAGCUCCAAAAAGACGCAGAAGUCCAUCUGUACAAUGUUCAGAGGAGGAUUGUCAAAUUUCAAAAGCACAGUUGCGAGUUCAAGAUGCAGACAGUGUAUUCAUUUACAAAUGUGAGGAGAAUGGUGUUAAAAUGAAUGUAAUGUUCACUUCUGGUGCUUUCAUUCAUCCAGAAACAGCCAACAAAUAUUCAUUCAGUUCACUUCAGUUUGUAGUGAUAUCUCCUCGAUUAGGAUUAGAAAGGAUUAAAAAAAAGAACCAUUCUAAAAACAAUGGAACUCAAAAGGAAGCUAGUAAUGGUGACCUGACUGAUAAUCAGGGUAGUCAUCAAGUGGUGAUUCGUAUUUUGUUGUCCGAGGCGGUGGCAAAAGGACACAUUAUGCUAUCCGAAUCUCUUCGUCUCUAUUUGGGAGCAGAACUGCACUCUUGGGUACAUGUUAAAAGGAGCAUCAUUAGCACAAAGAAAGAAAUUCCUCAAGUUUCAAUUUCACCUUACCAUUUUAAGGUCUUCCAAAAGAGCGAGGUCUUCGAGGAUAGUGGUGUAGAAGGUUCUAACAACCUUGAGAACUAUAAUAGAGAAGACGUGCUUCAAAGAUUUAGCCCGCUUAGUGAAAUGGGUAUUAGUGAUUUGUCCGUGCAUGAUAAGAUUGUCGGAUCUCUUUCUUCUGUAUCGUUCACUGAUGGGGGUAAGGAGACCACUACUAAGACUGGAGAUGCAAAUGCGAAGGUUGUCUCCGGAACUCUUUUAUCACCUCUUCUACGUCUGUGGUGUCUAGCUCAGGUUGAGAUUUUUGUUUCAAACUCAUCGGAGGCUGUAAAUUCAUUGGUUAUAGGAACCAAAACUUUACUACAUUUCAAAGUCAGAGAUCAGAGACUGGAUAGACAUGGCAAGGCAAAAACAUCUAUGAAAAAAUUGUCCAGAAACCGAAACCAAGCUGAAGAACCAUCAGUCGAUCUCCUUUAUAUUUUGUCGCUGUUUGAGGAAUCUCAAAGGGAUAAAGAUACGAAUGCGUAUGAACUUGCUUUUGAGAAUAGCAGCAGGAAAGAUUUUUCUUCAAGAAGUCUGGAUGUUAUGCUUGGAAAGAUGCAGCUUGGUGAUAUCUUCUUCUCUCAUGCAAAACAUGAGACACCCCCUGACCAUGUCCUAAGUGCUGCAAUUUCUUCAUUGGAUUGGAUGGGUACUGCCCUGGCUGAUGUAAGCUACAGGUUGACAGCUUUGCUAUCUCCUUCUGGAAUAUUGUUCAGUAGCUAUGAUAUUCCUUUGCCUGGGCAUAUUCUAAUUUGCGGACCUCCAGGUUCUGGGAAAACUCUGUUGGCUAAAGUCUCCGCAAAAUCGGUUGAAGCAUGUGAACAAAUUUUGGCACACAUAGUUUUUGUAUCUUGUUCUAAACUCACUUUGGAGAAGCCUUCAACUAUCCAUCAAGCGCUCUCUGGGUAUAUCUCAGAAGCUCUCGAUCAUGCUCCCUCUCUCAUUAUCUUGGAUGAUCUUGAUAGCCUCUUUGCACCUUCCUCGGAUUUAGAGGGAUCUCAACCUUCACCGUCCUCUGCAGCACUGGUUGAGUUUCUUGCUGAUAUAUUGGAUGAAUAUGAGGCAAGACUUCAUGAAAAGCGUAGGAGCUUCUGUGGAAUUGGCCCCAUAGCAUUCCUCGCUACAGUACAACAACUGACUAGUUUCCCACAGAGCUUGAGCUCUUCUGGAAGAUUUGACUUUCAUGUUAAUCUGCCUGCACCUGCUGCUGCUGAACGUUCUGGUAUGUUAAGAAAUGAGAUCCAAAAACGGUCCUUGCGAUGUCCUGAUGAUCUUUUGUCAGAAAUAGCAUCAAAAUGUGAUGGAUAUGAUGCUUACGAUCUGGAAGUACUGGUCGACAGAACUGUUCAUUCCGCAAUCAGUCGCUCAUUUUCUUCUGAUUUGGGCUCUGGAGGAUAUGAGAAACAACCUACUCUGGUCAAGGAUGAUUUUCUGCAAGCAAUGCAAGAUUUUCUUCCAGUUGCCAUGCGUGACAUCACUAAACCGGCUAACGAAGGUGGCCGCUCUGGUUGGGAGGAUGUUGGAGGUCUUGAUGAUAUUCGGAAUUCUAUUAAAGAGAUGAUUGAGCUACCUUCAAAAUUUCCAAACAUCUUUGGACAAGCUCCCCUAAGAAUGAGAUCCAAUGUUCUCUUAUAUGGGCCCCCUGGUUGUGGAAAAACACAUAUUGUAGGCGCUGCUGCUGCUGCCUGUUCACUGCGCUUUAUCUCAGUGAAAGGGCCCGAGUUGCUUAACAAAUAUAUCGGUGCUUCUGAACAAGCUGUUCGUGAUAUCUUCUCAAAAGCAGCUGCAGCAGCUCCAUGCCUUCUUUUCUUUGAUGAAUUUGAUUCCAUUGCUCCAAAGAGGGGGCACGAUAAUACUGGCGUGACUGAUAGAGUUGUUAAUCAAUUUCUGACAGAAUUAGACGGUGUUGAAGUCUUGACCGGUGUAUUUGUUUUUGCUGCAACAAGUCGGCCAGAUUUGCUUGAUGCUGCUCUAUUACGGCCCGGGAGGCUCGAUCGGCUUUUAUUUUGUGAUUUUCCAUCCCAUCAAGAGAGAUUGGAUAUUCUUAAGGUCCUUUCGAGAAAGUUACCAAUGGCUGCUGAUGUCGACCUGGAGCUCAUAGCUCGUAUGACUGAGGGCUUUAGUGGAGCAGACCUUCAAGCGCUUCUUUCAGAUGCACAGCUGGAAGCAGUUCACGAGCUUCUUGACAGCGAGGACAGCAGCCCAACUGGAAAGAUGCCUGUGAUCACAGGAAAUCUUUUGAAGUCUAUUGCAUCCAAGGCUAAAUCAUCCGUUUCGGAAGCCGAAAAGCGUAGGUUAUACGAUAUCUACAGCCAAUUUCUCGAUUCCAAGCGGUCGGUAGCUGCACAG